AGCAAACCCCGCCUUGAAACGAUUCUAAACACCAAAGUCGUUGUCGUCAGUUUUCAUAUGUACGUCUUUCUGCCAAUACGAGAUGAGGGGGAAAUUCGCCUCCCGGCAACAUUAUCAAGGUCCGAUGGAGCCGUGGAUCACCAAAAAAUCCCAAAACAUCACUCAAUCUCUUUGGAAUUCGAACUCAAAAAGAUUUGAAACUACUUCAACCUCAAUAAUUAAAUAUACAUCAUGAGCCAGCCAACCAUCAAUCCUAAGGAUUCGCAUCCUCCAAGCCUCCACAUCAUCAAGCAGUGGAAGGAGGUCAAAGAAAGUCUACCCUUCGAUGACCAGCAGGACUUUGACGACGCUAGACAGGGCUGGAGAGGUCACCUCCGCCCUAACCAGGUUACUAAUGAUCAAGGCGUGGUGUGGGACAACGAGGCCUAUGAUUUCCUGAAGGAGGACGCUCCAUUCUCAGCCAACCCAAGUCUGUGGCGCCAGUCGCAACUUACUCGCAAGGAUGGACUAUAUCAUGUCGCCGGGCCCAUCUACCAAGUGCGUGGACUCGACCUCUCGAACACGACCAUCAUUGAGGGUGACGAGGGCAUCAUUGUUAUCGAUCCCCUCACUUCGCUGGAGACCGGUGCUGCUGCACUCUCCCUCUAUCAGAAACAUCGUGGCAGCAACAGAGACAUCAAGGCUAUCAUUUACACGCACUCCCACGUUGACCACUUCGGUGGGGUCAAAGGCUUCGUCAGCGAAAAGGAUGUCGAGGAAAAGGACGUCAAGAUUAUUGCCCCCGAGGGCUUCCUGGCGCACGCCGUCUCCGAGAACGUCUACACUGGCACUUCAAUGAGCCGCCGCGCCGCGUACAUGUACGGUGCUGCCCUCGAGCAGGGACCAAGAGGCCAGAUCGGUGCUGGUCUGGGACAGACUACAUCCACCGGCACCGUCACGCUCAUCGCACCCAACAUGAUUAUCAAAAGCACAGGCGAAACGACAACCAUCGAUGGGAUCCAAAUGGAGUUCCAGAUGGCACCGGACACCGAGGCGCCUUCCGAAAUGCUCAUCUGGUUCCCCGAUCUUAACGCACUCUGUGCGGCCGAGGACGCCACUCACACCUUCCACAACAUCCUGACCCUGCGUGGCGCUGUCGUCCGCGAUCCGCACUCCUGGGCGAAGUACCUUACAGAGACCAUUGACCGAUACGGCAGCAAAGCCGAGAUCGUCUUCGCCCAGCAUCACUGGCCAACCUGGGGCAACGACAACAUCCGGAAGUUCCUCACCUACCAGCGUGACCUGUAUGCAUACGUGCAUGACCAGACCCUCCGCCUGCUGAACAAGGGAUACAACGGCCCUGAGAUCGCCGAAAUGCUGACCUUGCCCCCGGCCCUUGAUCAGUCUUGGUAUUGCCGCGGCUACUACGGCUCUCUGAGCCACAACGUCAAAGCCAUCUAUCAACGCUACGUCGGCUGGUUCGACGGCAACCCCGCCCAUCUGUGGGAACACAGCCCCGUCGAGAAGGCCAAAAGGUACGUGAAACUCAUUGGGGAGGAUGAGAUCAUCGAACAGGGUGUCAAGGAAUACCUAAAAGGAGACUACCGCUGGGCCGCUGAACUUCUGAGUCAUGCCGUCUUCAACAACCCUGACAACCAGGAUGCCUGCAACAAGCUGGCAGACGUGUACGAGCAGCUGGGAUACGGCGCCGAAAACGGCACCUGGAGAAACUUUUACAUGUCCGGAGCGACUGAGCUGCGCAAUGGCAACUUUGGCACGCCUACACAGACGGCCUCGGCAGAUGUGGCGGGCCAGCUCACCCCAGAUAUGGUCCUGGACACUCUCGCGAUCCAGAUUAAUGGGCCUGAGGCGUGGGAUAAGAAGGUGCUUAUGGACCUCGUCGUUUCAGAUCAAGAUAAUAAAACUUACCAUUCCUGGCUGUCUAACGGGGCACUCGUCUACAGCACCGCUGACCAGUCGGACGCUGCUCAGGUGACUCUGUCUGGUACUGCUAAACAGUUGACUGCGCUGGCUGUGUAUGGGCCUGAUCCGGAGGCUUUGGUGAAUGCCGGCGUUGACAUUGAUGGAGAUACUACUGCGCUGGAUACGCUUGCGUCGUUGCUUGAUCCGGGUGAUCCUAACUUCAAUAUUGUUACUCCAUGAAGAAGAAUGCGUCGAUCCAUUUGUGAUGUAUUGGAUAGUUUGACAUAGAAUGGUAGUGUUUAGUGAAAUCAAGUGGUUG